AUGAUGGACAGCAGGAUACUGGAUCCACCUCACGCCCAGUUCGGAGGCUCUCUCGGCGGGAUGGUGGGCUUCCCGUACCAUCUGAGCCACCAUCACGUUUACGAAUUAGCCGGGCAUCAACUUCAAUCUGCGUCCGCGGUUCCUUUCUCAAUAGACGGAUUACUAAAUGGUUCCUGCACGGCUUCAGUGGGUAAUUCCAACCCCCUCUUGUCUUCGGGCUGCGGGAUGAAUGGAGAUAAUCAGCACUACAAACUGUCAGACUCGGGGGACCCAGACAAAGAUAGCCCUGGUUGCAAGAGACGGAGAACUCGCACAAAUUUCACUGGUUGGCAGCUGGAGGAAUUAGAAAAGGCUUUUAAUGAGAGCCACUAUCCCGACGUUUUCAUGAGGGAGGCACUGGCUCUCCGACUGGACUUGAUAGAAUCAAGGGUUCAGGUAUGGUUUCAGAAUCGCAGAGCCAAAUGGAGAAAAAAGGAGAACACAAAGAAAGGUCCGGGUAGACCUGCUCACAACGCCCACCCCACCACCUGCAGCGGGGAGCCCAUGGACCCCGAGGAGAUCGCCCGGAGAGAGCUGGACAGGCUGGAGAAGAAGAAGCGAAAGCAGGAGCGACGGCUGCUCAAGUCCCAGAACAAGCUCCUGUCUGGGGAUUUAUUUCACACCCCGGGAUCGGACAGCGACAGCGGGGUGUCGCAUGUGACCGACAGUGACCACAACACAGGCCCACCUUAUGACUCUGUGGGGGGGCCAAACCAAACGCAAUCGAGCUGCGACCAAACACCUCACCCUCUCCAGUCCCCAAACCAGAACCAAAGACACUUGGACCAGGAUGCUGGCGGAUCCGAGCUGGACUCGCCCGACGCCAGCCACCGGUCAAGCUUGUGCUCCAGCAACAACAGAGCCUCCGGCGUGCAGAAACUCAACCCUUUUAGCGUCGAAAGCCUCCUUUCGGACGCAAGACCGAGACGCAACCCCGCGGCCUUACCCUCCUCACGGCCUUUGAUAGGGAAAGGACACUUCCUACUCUAUCCCAUCACACAGCCGCUUGGAUUCAUUGUUCCUCAAACUGCUCUGAAGACAACAUCAGCAGCAAACUGUGACAGUGACACCCCGGCGGAGAGAAACCAGUCCACCGUCCGCUGCAGCGUCUCAGCGAGCUCUGCGGGAUGUAGGAGCAGCUCGCCGGACUCUGCAGACGCACAAAAGGGACCUGUGGGAUCAGAGGAAAAGACACGUUCAUCACCGCACACCAGCCCGUCUAGGGCCGCCUUUCCCUCUGGCAAAAGUACUCAGACCUCUGUUAUUUGCAGCGAUUCGACUUUCGCCCACGAACACAGUCCACAACUCAUUAAGCCUGUCGAUGCAGACAGAAAAGAGCAUUUAGAGAACAAGGACCACCCUGUCAACUCCGAGUCUGUACUCAGUGACAGUCCAGCAGACACAAAGACAGACUCUAAAGAAGAUGUCGACUUGGAAUAA